ACAUCUCACUUGAUUCCGCGGAGCCGACCAGAUAUAAUUGACCGAACUGGCGGCUCCCACGACAAUUCUUACAGUGACGAGACGAAUACUGCCCAGGAACAUGCUGGCGGCUAUCUUCGUCGUGGCCCUUAUUGGGGGCUCGCGCGGUUUUGAGAACAAUGCCGACGUCGAAGAUGCCAACGCCUACGUCGACUCGGUCCUCGAGUUUGAGCUGCCGAGACGCAUGGCGACGCUGGACCCGGUCAAGGCGCGCGACUUCCAGCCGAUGAACGGAAAGAGCCUGCACGGCCCGUGGGUGCGGUUCGUGUCCUUCAGCGUCGCAGGCCUCCGAGACAUUCGGCGCGACGGUGACUGCCAGCUGACUCGCGCCGACGAGGAACGCCCGACAACGCUGGAAUGCACGCUCUCGACCGAGCUUCGUUACGACGUCGUAGUCAACAUGACCUACGGGAACACGACGAGGCCCCACGUGCGAAUCAACGGCACGUUCCACGGCGUUCGCGGCCCGCUUACUGUCACGUUCAAGAGGUCGCUUCCCGCGAAAGUCGAGUUCUCGCCUCGCUACGAGCUCAUGCUAGACAGCGUCGGGGCGGGACCGGCCCGCCCCCAUUGGUACGGCAGAGUGGAGCGCGAGUUUCACGUGGCAAUGAGUCACGUGUUCGACUUCGCCACGAGAAAAGUCUUCGCCAAGGAAAUGUUCAACGCGGCUAAGGACGUCCCGUUUCCCGAGUGAGUCGGCACGCGAGACCAUACAGCUCGAUACACGCACGAGCUCUCAAGCCUCGCGAGUGCAAAGCCGAAGAUGUCAGUUAAGGAAGCGGUUAUAUUUAACCAAACGUUUAUUUGUUAAUAAACAAAGCGCUGUGCUUCGGGAAAAGAAGGGCAACGUUCAUUGCAAAAAUAAAGCUUGGCCUGUGGCUAAAGGUACGCCCGACGUAUCCCUUAGACCUUUACUACAGUUUCGCGGAUCUAAGUUUCGCGGAUCUGUCAGUAUUUACCACGAAAGCAUUAUGUGUCAUGUUGACCGAAUAUCCGUCGUAGUCGGCGUGACCGAACAAUGGUACCAAAACCAGCCGACGGCACAAGUAGUAAAAAUACGUAAAGACGUGCUCGAAUUGACGUCAAAUUUAUCAGGGAGGUUCCUGUAAACAGAGUGAAUUAAUGGCUUUGAAAAGAAAAUUUUGUCAAUUUCGUUGUGGGUGGGCUCUACAAUGUGCGAGUCGAGCAUGCUUCCCCAACGCCACGGCGGCCCCACGGUUCUUGCUGGCUAAAGAUGUUCCUAGAGCGUGCGUCAUUGCUUACGUCACGUCGCAGCCAUCUGGCUGACUGAAGGCGUGGCCUAUAUACUGCGUGUGUCAUUGGGCACGUGACGACGCAGCCAAUGGGAAGGAGGUGGUGCCACGUCAUGAGCGCGUUCAUGGCGUUCCUAUAGUUCUACAAACGGUAUAAUCUUUUCGCAUUCCUACACGCAAGCAGUCUUAAGUGUCUCUCUGGAUUUUUUUUAUGGAAGUACGUCCAACGUAGUUCGUUGGUUCUUGGCAUGUUUAAGGUUGAGAUAAGCCUGCAGCAUAAACCAGAUGACCAGCUAAAUACACGUUUCCCGCACAUCAACGCUCCUUCUGUGUGAAUUAUGGUGCAGCGAGCCUGAUUGAGCGCAGACUACGCAGACCGGCGUGCUCAACACUGCUGCAACAUGUGCCGCAUCUGCUUCCACAGCAUUGAUGCGCGUUUUAAGAGAGAGAGAGAGAGAGAGAGAGAGAGGGAGAGAGAGAGAGAAAUACCGCAUUCCAUUUGGUACCUCUCGACGCGAUCCUAUGGCAACGUGAUGACCAAUGAUGCAAUUCGUUUAAGUGAUUCGCUUAAAUUGUUAACUUCAGAUAUUAAUUUAUAUGAUUGCUGGAAAUGCGCCCGUCUUGCAGGGUUCUGCAAUUACGAAGAUGGCAUCUGCAAUCCUCAAGUAAGCAUAAACGUUCGUUAACUGAAGCGGAGAAGCGCUGCUCUUGGAAAAGAUACCUCCUCUGACCGCUCUUCCAGUCGUCGUCAGAUUUCGUCCGCGAGCAGGCGCCAGUGACCGACAUCGUACUGUUUGCUUUACCACUUUACAAGCAACUGCUUGUUGGAGCUUAUUCGACAGAUUACUUAAAUCCUGCCGCUAUGUAGACCAGUAAUAAAACACGGGAAAAUGGCAGCACGAAUUCCGGCGUCGUGUGAGGCGUCACGGUUCUCCGUAUACGCUAAAUCAUUUUCGGUCGUGCUCGUACGCAGUUAUACUUUGAUGAUAUUUCGCCUACUUAAAGUACGCGAGGAAGAAUCUACGUACAGUAGCUAACCUUCAAUGGCACUCAGUGCAAGAGCGACUAAGCGCUCGCUUUUCUAACAAAACAGACCUUUAGACGUGCCCGCACGUGUUCAGUACGCUAUAGAUAAACUAUUAGAAUGAGACGUACUCGUACAACAUCAGGAACAAAGGCACGAUGCAGUAUCGAAUCGAGGACUCUAACGUAACAACCAGGGAUUCUAGCGCACCGCCACCACUGGAGCUUGUCUAGCUACAUCCCCGGUUGCAAUAAUGACUUCUGCCUCAACACUGCUUAAGUUUCUGUCAUAUUAUUUUUGUUGAUUUUGGCCUUUUGGAGUCCGAUUCUUGCUCACUUUAAGCGCAUUUUACUCUAACCAUUUACCUAUAACGUAUUUAAGACCUAGAGAUACUUCUAAACGCUUCUUUCGUUAGAAUAGCGAGCCCCUAUCUCCUCUGGCACUGAUUACCAUCUUUCGUGGUGAUUACCGAUGACAGAUUACCGUUUUCGGGGUGAAGAUGAAUUUCAUAAGUUCAGUUAUGCCGUCCAACAUUAUGUACAAUUAAUGCAUCGACGACUUUCAAAUUGUAUGCCAUGCCUCGCGUGUGUGCACAUGCGAAAUGCAAAUACGGAUAGCAAAUAACAGAUUAAUACAAUGGGUCGAUAAAUAUUGUCACGUGGUGGUGACGUUAAGAACACAGUGGCAAUACUGCGAAAGGCAAAACUAGAUUUUAUUGGGCGAACCUGUGCCCACAAAACAGGCUACACUUAUAGCACAACGAAAGCGGCGAACACAGUCGGCGAUCGUCGAAAAUCUGAUCAGCGAGGCAAGCGCGUCGGCUUUUAUACAGCAGUCGUCGAAUGUUCCAGACUAAUCGUUCGGACCCGCGCGCCUUCCACAGUGUUCUACACCAUUCGCGUCACGCGAUGAAAUCAGAUAACACAACGUUCGGCGACAACAGACAGCCGGGUAGAAGCAUCGAUAACUUUCCAGAAACUUCGGAUACAUGCAGGCGCGUCCCGCGCUGUGCGAUUACAUUUGUUAGGUGGAGAAACGUGGUCGCCCGAUAAAGAUAAGUACACGUGUCAAUAUGACUUACGUUGUUUUUCCUACACCAAAAACUGCCCCGCUCUUGUUUUCACACACACACGCACACGCACGCACGCACGCACGCACGCUCACACACACACACA